AUGAACCGGUCUAUCCAUUCGUCGGUGACUGCGAUGGCCUCGGACGACGCCAGCAGUCUUCGGCAUGAGCGGUCGACGUACUCGGCGGAGUCAGAGGAAACGCUCGUCAACUCGUAUGGGCCCUACAGCACCACGGGAAUCGUGAUGACAUCUGUGAUGAUGAACAAGGCCCAGCGCAAGGGCGAAGUGUCCGAGCAGUGGAUGCGGCUCUUCCUGGACAGCACGCCUGUCGAGGACGUGGCGGUGCUGCAGCGCGGGAUGUCGGUGACGGGGCGCUGCCUGGACACGUUGCAGCGCAUCCUGCAAAGCAUGCACGGAUACCGCCAGAUCGUCCCGGGCCUGGCGAUGUUCAAAGAGGCAUGGAACCUGCAGUGCUACCACGGCAACGAGGCGGACUUUCCGCUGCUCGACGUGCCGAUCAAGGUCAACAGCCUGACCACACUGGCCAGCCUGCUGGUCGAGCACCGCGUGUCCGGUUACAGCACGCCGAUCGAGCAACUCACCACGGUGCUUCAGUACCUCAACAAGCUGCUGCAGGCGUCGCGCGUCGACUCGGCGCACACGGCGCCCGCGCCAGGGCGCCCGCGUAGCGACAGCCGCGGCAGCAGGCGCAGCUUCGGCCAUAAGAAGCCGGACGCCCGCCUGACCUUCACCUCGCCCCCCACUGCAGCCUCGCUACCCACAGACUCCGACUCCGCCUCCAUCUUCAGCGACCAGUCCCUCACAUCCACCGUCCAGAAGGCCAAGCGCGGCCUGUUCAACCGCCUGAUGCCCCGCCGCAAGGGCUCUACCUCUAUCCGCCCCGCCCCGGGCUCUGCCAAGCGCUCCCACUCGCGUCACAGCUCCUACACGCCCUCCAUCUUCACAGACGACAACCUCUCGGCCAAGAACGAGGCCAGUUUCCGCCGCCAGAACCUCGAGGCAAUGGCCAAGUACCAGAACCUCGUUCUCCUACUGCAUACCGAGCUCGCCCAGCUCGUCCCGUCCCCGCAGACGGACGUGCUCUUUUCCUUUGUCGCCAAGAGUAUUCUCCCCUUUCUUAUCUCGGACUGCCGCACCCUGGUCCGCUCCUGUGUCUCUACUCUGCUGCUCGAGAAGCUGUAA